UUGAACGAACCCGAAUCUAACUUGUCGCCUAUGAGAGAAAGCGUCGGAUUUUCGAGGGGUGUAUUGCCUUUAAAUGAAGAAAGUGAAUGCGCUUUUGAAACAUCUCAAAUGUCUCAAGUUCCUAGGCGUGGACAAUAUGGUACACCAAGCGACAUUUCGGUUGAUAGUAAUGGCAACGGGCAUCUUGGUGAAAGUCUAGGCGCCAUGAACUGGAAUCUCAACAACAAUGAUGUGAGGAACUAUGAGAGUUCAACUUCGAGGUUUUCCUCUCCAUUUUCAUCGUUCUUACACAACAAGGUUCAGCCACAUCACAAUUUAAUUUCACAAACGGAUGGUCUGCUUUCUACAAGCAUCCUUGAUACAUCUCAAGUUCCUUCUUUUGGACAAUAUGGUAUACCAAAUGAUGUUGUCGGUAUGGAACCUGAAUUUGGUACUAGUUACAUGCAUAGUAACUACAAUGGUAUCAAUACUGAUCAAGUUGGAAAUCUGGUUGGACUUGGUAGAGAAAGAGUUAAUGUUAAUGGUAAUGUCUCUCUUGGUCAAAAUUUGGGUAGUAUGAAUUGGAAUUUCGAUGAAAACAACAUGAGUAAUCAUGGAAGUUCAACUUCGAGGUUUUCUUCUCCAUUUUCAUCAUUCGAGGAUCAGUCACUAAGUCAUUUAAACGAGGAAACAAAUGAGUUGGUUCCUGGAUUAGAGAAUCUAAGCCUAUACAAUGAUCAUCAAAGCAUCAACCCAUUUCUUGGCAAUACGAUUAAUUCCCAUUUUGUUGAGAAUCAGGAUCAAGGUUUAGUGAAUAAUGAAAAUCUUGAAUUUGCUAACGAUGAUCAACUGGAAAGGAAUGAAAUUCUUACUACUUAUUCUGUUGAGGAUAUUAAUAAUUUGAGCAUUAAUAACGUGAAGUUAAACUCUAAUGGGGAAACAUUGAAUUCUACUGCUGCUAAUUUGGAAAUGCUUUUUCCUACUCUUGACAUGAACAUUGUAAAUCAGCAUCAAGGUCAAGUGUUGAGUGGUGGAAAUCUUGAAUUUGCCAACGAUAAUCAACUUGAAAGGAAUGCAAUUCUUGCUGGUUAUUCUAUUGAGGAUAUUAAUAAUUUGAGCAUUAAUAACCAUCAAGGUCAAGUGUUGAGUGGUGUAAAUUUUGAAUUUGCCAACGAUAAUCAAUUCGAAAGGAAUGCAAUUCUUGCUGGUUAUUCUAUUGAGGAUAUUAAUAAUUUGAGCAUUAAUAACGUGAAUGACAACUCUAAUGAAGAAACAUUGAACUCUAUUGCUGCUAAUAAUGAAAUGAAUUUUACUAUUCUCGACGUGAACACUAUAAAUCAGGUGAAUGGCAACUCUAAUGAAGAAACAUUGAACUCUAUUGUUGCUAAUUCUGAAAUAAAUUUUACUACUCUCGACGUAAACACUAUAAAUCAGGUGGAUAACAACUUUAAUGAAGAAACAUUGAACUCUAUUGCUGCUAAUUCUGAAAUGAAUUUUACUACUCUCGACGUGAACAUUAUAAAUGAGGAAGAACAAGGUGCUGUAGAUAUGAUGGAUAUUGUAAUUACAUUUGAUGAGGAGGAAGAAGAUGUUGCAGCUUUGACUGAUAUUCCAGAACAAGAUGUUGAGAUUUUGACUGAUGUUCCUGAACAAGGUGUUACAGAUUUGACUGAUGUUCCAUUGACAUUUGAUCAGGAUUGGAAGGAUGAUGGCCUCAUGAACUUUAUGCUGGAUGUUGACGACAUGUUUUAAGAAAAUCUUUUAAUUUUGCUUUUGAAAGUAUCAGAUUAAUAUUUGAUAACUUUGUUAUGUUGUUUAAGAUUUUAUUUAAAAUUUGGAUGUUGUUUUGGUUUAAGAUUGUUUUCAAUUUUUGACGUUGUUUUUGUCAUCAUGACUCAUAUUCAAUUUGGAUGCUAUUUAAG